GUUAAAAUUUUUUUUUUGUUCAGGUGAAUUUGGGGCCCGUUAUACCAUUCGACAAAUAUCUUCAAAAGAAAUUUUAGCAAAAAAAAAAAAAUUAAUUUAAAAAAUACAUGCAUAAAAACAAGGAAUAUUCAAACCAAAAUUCAAUGCCGUCUAAAGCUCAUGAACAAUUGAAACGAAAGCUUCAACAGAUAUUUAAAUCAAAAAAUGAAGGACCAGGGGAUAAAACACAAGAAAGGACAAAUUUAAUGAAUUAUAAUGGUAAGAAGUACACGGCUGGUACCUUAUUCUUGGAUCAAUCACCGUAUGCUGCAAGAAAACGUAAUUUCGACUUGGAUAAGAAUGUGAAUGUGGAUAGCAAUAGUGCGAAUGAUCACGAACGGUGCGAAUCAAAAUCAACAAAAACUCAAUCGAAAUGCAGCGCAAAGAGUAAUAAAAAAUCAAAUAAUAACAAAGUUGGCUCUUCAACAUCGAAGCCUACUAGUACUCUCAAAAAGGAAUCAAAUAAUUCGACGGUAAAGGGAAAGGUACGUCAGGCAGGUCUGUCUGGCAAUCGAAAUCAAAUUCGAACUGAAAAAGUUAAACAACAAAAUUUGAAAACUCAACCAAUUGUUAAAAAGGAGAAAGCGGGGAAAAACUAUAAAAUAGUGGAAAACGAACAAGGAAUUGAAAUGGAUAAGACUGUUAUGCAGCAAGUAAAAAAGGAAGACCACGAGCAAGAAUGUAAAAAGCGACCUCUUCCUGCAAAAAUGUCGAAUGAACCAAAUAAAAAAGUUAAAAUUUUCCGAAAAAAGGUGGAUAAAUCUCGCAAUGUUUAUGAAAGUGAUUCGGAAACUACAGAUGGAUGUACAGAUCAUUUCUUUUCUCAUAGUUUCGAGCGUAGUCGUGGAGGUAAGUCAGAAGGCGGACGUGGUGAUGGUCCUGCGGUUAGGUCUAAUGUUAAAAACACUUAUUACUACGACGAUGACGAGAAGUAUUUGUACGAAGAAAACAGUGAUGAAAAUGAAGAUGAGUUUACUUCGGAUGACGAUGAUGACUAUUUGGAAGACGAACAAUCUGAUUCCGAUGAUGAUUUCGACUAUAUAUCGCAUAGCUUUGAAAGCGAUCAAAAUGAAACAUCAUAUUAUUUUGAUAGCGAUGAUGAAGGUGAUGUUGACUAUAAACCUCCAAAGCAUUUCACAGAAGACCUGAUUAUACACAAGGGUACAGCAUAUAAGCGCGAUUUGCGACCGGACGAUAAGGUUAACUUUAAAAUAGAUAUUUGUCGCGCUCAGAUAAUUGAAUUGCGUGAUGAUGAAAUGGUGACAAAAAAUGUAGAGCAACCAAGGGCUUACAAGAAAGAAGAGUUGCAAAAGCUUAACUAUAAACAGCGUUUAAAUGCCAGUAAUAAGGAUAGCAACGAAGUGGUGCAAAGACAGCAACAACAUCAGGAAUGGCAUCAGCAACAAGAACAGCAGCAAACGUAUGAGCAACAACAUCAAGAGCAGUAUCAAGGACAACAACAAUAUCAGCGCAACGACAUAAGAGACGAAUGCCCCCAGCUAGUACCUAUUGCAGAAGAGCCGGAGGACAAUUUGGAAGAAACUGAGGAAUCUGAUUAUCUCUGUUGCGAAAUCCACGAUAGUUCGAUGAGUGAUUCAAAUGAUUCCUGGAUUUCGAUCGAUAUAAACGAUAAAUAUACAUUGAGGGAUAGGAAAAACAACAAUGCUGCCAAAGAAAUGGAGGAAAUGUGCUCUGUGGAUGUAAUUGAUGCUAGCGAUUGCGCAUGUAAACCUAAAGAAAACGUAACUACUGCAACAGAAAAGCUAAGUGGAGAAAUGUGCUGUGAUGACAAGAAUCAAUUACCAGCUGACAAACUCUCGAAAUUUACGGACUACAACAAGGAGAGCACUGUUUUAAUCACGGAAUUUGUGGAUAAUGCAAGCGACACGUCUGUUACUGAGGGAGGCAGCACCCACGCGACGGUAUCAGAAGAUCUCAAUGCACUGAUUUACAAUAAACUGGCCGAAAACUCCGCAGAGGAGAGAAAUCAAGAUUUGGAUCAUUUUCGUUCAAUAUUCUGCAAUGCCGUAAUGGAUAAUUUGGUAUUAGUUUUACUUAAAGAUCCAUUUUAUAUAUAUGGCACGAUUCGUUUAACAUUGCUGACUGGCAAUAUUGACUUGUAUGGUCACACGCCGGCUUUAUAUACGGAGUUGGAAGUCUUCUCCCCUCGCGGUUGCACCAUAGUAGAAAUUUCCCCGAAGUGUUCUGAAAUGAAUCCAAACCUAAGUAAGGAUGCCUUAAUUGAAUUCCUUAAGAGCUAUGAUACCAAAUUUACGACAAGAGAUUUAAAAAGACUGGCCGAUACAUACAAUCCCAAGCGAGAUGCCGUUUUACUUUUGAAGCCGAAUAAAGAAAGUAAACAAAUAAAGCAGCAAUUCAAAAAAUUUAUGGAACAAAAUGUCUUUCCCAAUAUAAAGACACUCGGAAUCGAACGUCCUUUAUAUGGAUCUGAAUACCGUUUACGAUGUGUUAUUAAUACCUCAGCCCCUGAAGAGAAAUGUUUGCGUAUACCUAAGGAAUGGCAUGACUUUAAGUUACAAUCAAAUUCUAGGGUAAUGAUAGCCGGUGGUAAAGCUGUGGGAAAGUCAACACUAUUGAGGUUCCUGAUCAACAAAUUUUUGCCUCACCUUCACAAUAUACUUCUUAUCGAUUUGGAUAUCGGACAGCCAGAGAUUUUUGUACCACAAACUGUUUCGUGUACCACCAUAAAGCAGCCUUUGAUAGGUCCCGGGUUUUUGUUGAAUUUAGAACCAGAUUUUGCAUUGGCUGUGGGCCAUAUCAAUAUCGUUUUGUGUCCUCAUCGUUAUAUACACUCAGUGAACGAUCUUAUCAAAUAUUGCUUAUCCAAACAAGAAUAUUGCCAAAUUCCAUGGUUAAUUAACACAAUGGGCUAUAAUAAAGGCUUCGCCUUGGAGUUAAUGUCUGAAAUUACCCAACAACUUAUGCCAACUGAUGUGAUACAGCUGCAAGCACGCAAAGAUAUAAACAACUUUGACUUUGCUUUAUUCGUCGACGUUUUAAACAAUGUUCCCAAACGAAUGUUCUUAGACAAUUAUGAAAAAAAUGCGCAGGCAUCGCCGAUCAAACCAUAUGUGUUGCAUUUGUGGGAUUCACCGGUGGUCGAAAAGGAGAACCGUCAUCAAAAGGAUUGGGAUAUGAGCGCUAAAGACUUACGUUACGCUAAUCUUUUAACGCGUCUCAGCACGACUUUAACCAAUACAGCAGAAUGGUUAACGGAUUGUAAGCCGAUGAGUGCUCCUCUGCACAGAUUAAAACUCGUCAAUCUAUUGGAGAACGUUUCUUAUACUCGAGAAGAGUUAAUCAAAGCCAUUGAAGCUAGUUUGGUUUAUUUAUGCCACUAUAGAGAAGACGAUGCCUCAUUGGAAUGUUGUGGAGUUGGUGUUGUCCGUGGAAUUGAUCACCAAAUCGACCAAAUUUAUUUGGUACCAGCUACAUCUAUAACCUGCCUAAGACGUGUCAACUGCUUAGCUAUCGGUGAGAUGCCUUUACCUUCCACUAUGUUCACAUACCAAGGCCCUCGCGUUAAGGACACUGCACCCUAUGUUUAUAAUACUGUAGAUGCUAACUCUUCUAAAUCCAUUAAACAUUUCCCUCGGCGGCUAAAUGAAACAUGUUUCAAAAAAAAUUAGUGUACAUAUUUUUCUAAAAAAAAAAAAACAUAAUUUUGAAAAAACAAUUUUUUAAUUUAUUUAAUGCGAUAUAUUAUGGCGGCCUU